CUGUGCCGUGGGUCCUCAGAGAGCCUGAUAAGUCCAGAGCAGGAGCACACUCUUCUACUGCCAUCGUCUGGCCAAUCAGAGGACUGCUUCUACCCAAUAAGGUUUUCUUUCCCCUCCAGAACUCUAGAGGGCGCACAACCUGCUACAAACAGGAAACCCAAACCGAAAUUGGAAUCAAGCUUCCUUUACAGAGAGGUCCGUAACUGAACGAGUGAUUACGGAAACAACUGCUUAGCAGGAGUCAAAUAAAUAAAGGCUCAGGCUCUGGUUUCCUCCUGUGUACGCCCGUAACUAUUUCCACGAUGUCUCGGCAGUCCAACAGAACAACAGACAACAAGAAGAUGAGCUCGGAGCUGUUUACUCUCACCUACGGGGCUCUGGUCACCCAGCUUUGUAAAGACUAUGAGAAUGACGAGGAGGUCAAUAAGCAGUUGGACAAGAUGGGUUAUAACAUCGGAGUGCGUCUGAUUGAAGACUUCCUCGCCCGUUCCACCAUCGGCAGGUGUCAGGACUUCAGAGAAACGGCUGACAUCAUCGCUAAGGUAGCAUUUAAGAUGUACCUGGGAAUCACUCCCAGUGUGACCAACUGGAGUCCAGCAGGAGAUGAGUUUUCCCUCAUCCUGGAGAACAACCCUCUGGCCGACUUUGUGGAGCUGCCCGAUAACCACAACACACUCAUCUACUCCAACCUGCUGAGUGGAGUCCUCAGAGGAGCGCUGGAGAUGGUCCAGAUGGCGGUGGACGUGAAGUUCGUCCAGGACACUCUACGAGGGGACAACGUCACAGAGAUUCGCAUGAAGUUCAUUAAGAGGAUUGAGGAGAACCUCCCAGCUGGGGAGGAGUAAUAAAACCAAGACUUGAACUUUUAUUCUGUGUGUUUGGAGGGGAUGACUGAUGUCUAGAAGGAACAGUGUCACGUCUAAAGGAAAAGAUGAAGAACAACGUUGUCUAUCAAACCUGAAGGACAUUGGACUUCCCUGUAGCUUGAUGCGACGAUGAUGAGUCUUGAGCCCUUUGAUCUCAUAGCUGUUGAUUAAAAAGGAACCAGUUGAUUCAGCCAGAUAAACAAAAUUCACUUCCAGAUAAAAACCUAGUAAGCAGCGUCCUACAAAACCCUUUCUAUGACAAAAUGGUUAAAAAUACUAUUCCACUCUUGUUAUACGUCACUGUUUCUUCAGCUAGUUCACGACCUGUGUCCAGACUGUUUAUUCGUUUUUAUGUCAUCUAAAUUGGUCUCACUGCUGGAUAAUUUAUGUUCUCUGAAGUAAAACCAACAAAUGUAAA